GGGGUUUACAGACUUUGAGUGAAGAAAAUGGAGGGGGAGAAUCAUAGUAUGGAGAAAGGAUUAUUACUGGUAAAUAAGGAAGAGAGGAAAGAAAGCUCUGACUCUACGAUAACUCCACUUCUUAUCUUCACUACUUUCAUCAUUGUCUCUGCCUCCUACAGCUUUGGUAUUGCCUUAGGUUUUACUGCCGGUACAAUGUCUUCUAUUAUGGAAGAUCUUGAUCUUUCUAUCGCACAAUUUUCAUUAUUUGGUUCGCUACUGACUUUUGGAGGAAUGAUCGGUGGAAUAUUUAGCGCCACAAUUGCAGAUGCCUUUGGUCGUAAAAUGACGUUGUGGAUAGCCGAGGCAUUCUUCAUAAGUGGAUGGCUUGCAAUUGCACUAGCCCAGGAUAUUAUAUGGCUAGACUCUGGACGAUUCUUUGUGGGAACUGGAGUUGGUCUCGUUAGCUACGUGGUUCCUGUAUAUAUCGCAGAAAUAACUCCUAAAGAUGUGAGAGGCACUUUUACAUUUAGCAAUCAGCUUUUGCAAAAUUGUGGGGUCGCAACCGCAUAUUACAUUGGAAACUUCGUAUCAUGGAGAACCAUAGCCUUGAUAGGCAUUGUCCCAUGCUUAAUACAAUUUUUGGGGUUAUUUUUCAUCCCCGAGUCUCCAAGAUGGCUGGCAAAAGAAAACCGUGAUGAAGAGUGUAAAGUUGUUCUUCAACAAUUACGAGGAACAGAAGCUGAUAUUGUCAAGGAAACUCGUGAAAUCAUGAUUUCUGUUGAUGCUACUGCGAAUAUCAGCAUGCAAAGUCUUUUCAAAAGAAAAUAUACUCGUCAACUUACAAUCGGAGUAGGUGUGAUGCUUAUGCAGCAGUUAUGUGGAAGUUCAGGAGUAAGUUAUUACGCAGGCAGCAUAUUUGAUCUUGCUGGAUUUCCUUCACGGAUUGGGAUGACGGUGUUGUCUAUUGUCGUGGUACCAAAAGCUAUUUUGGGUCUGAUCAUUGUGGAUCGAUGGGGAAGACGACCACUUCUGAUGGCAUCAGCUUUUGGGAUAUGUUUAAGUUGUAUUACUCUUGCAUUAGCAUUUGGAUUGAAAGGUGUUCCUGGCAUUGUAAAUUAUACUCCCACUAUGGCAUUUAUAGGAAUAAUGACAUACGUUAUGAUGUUCGCUGCUGGACUAGGAGCGUUACCAUGGAUUAUAAUGUCCGAGAUAUUUCCAAUGGAUAUGAAAGUGGUAGCUGGGAGUUUAGUAACCAUAACAAAUUCGUUUGCAGGUUGGAUCGUUAGCUACUGUUUCAAUUUUAUGCUUAUUUGGAGCCCCACCGGGACCUUUGCCAUAUUCGCCGUAAUGAGUGGAUUAACAAUCGUAUUUGCAUGGUACAUGGUGCCUGAAACUCGAGGAUUGACGUUAGAAGAAAUUCAAUUUCCACGUGACAAUUGAUGAUCCCAGCUAGCUCACAAACAAUAUAAAGCCAUUAAUUAAUUUCUGAAUUCACUACCAUAAUAAAUUAUAUGUAUGGUCAUGUUGUCGAUAAUCUAAUCUAUCAUAUCCUCUCUUUUUU